UCAUUCUGCAUGAAAGCUGCAUGCUUCCUGGUCUGCUGAGUUUCUCUCCAGUUCUUGGACUACCGGACCAAUCGUAGAUGUGUUUUUUUUUCAUGUUUCAACUUGGCAGAGGGUCGCUUGAAUUGACCUGCUCAUUCCAUAACCACCAGCGGAUACUUUGAGGCAGUUUUUAACACCCCAAAAGGACAAUGCCUCGGUCUUUCUUGGUUAAAAAGUACUUUGCCAAACAAAAGCCAAACUACAGUGAACUGGAAUAUCAAAAUGAUUCGUCACUGGACAGGAAUCCUCUCGCCGAGCUCUCGUCGGGACACAACACUUCCACGGCCACCUGCCUGACAACCGGCCUGGUGUGGGACCUCAGCGUUCUGCCGACGCUCUACUUACCCGCCUCCCAAACGGAGCCCUCCGCCACCCCGGGCCCUUUGGACCUUAGCUCCCCGUCCAGCCUCAGCAGCAACGCCAGCAGCAGCGGCGAGGAGGACGAAGGCCGCACUUCGGACCCCCCCAGCCCGGAACCGGUGCACACGUACGCACCGCGUCAACGAAUGAAAUGCACGGGUGUCAUGGCCCACGCCGGCCCUCCGGAGGAAGAAGAGGAACGGGAGGCCCCCGUGACAGCAACCAGGCCCGCGUUCCUUUGCAAGCACUGCCCCAAAGAGUACACCAGCCUGGGGGCGCUCAAGAUGCACAUCCGCUCGCAUACUCUGCCUUGUGUGUGCACCACGUGCGGAAAGGCCUUCUCCAGGCCCUGGCUGCUGCGCGGCCACAUCCGCACGCACACAGGUGAGCGCCCCUUCUCCUGCCCUCACUGCAACCGAGCGUUCGCUGACCGCUCCAACCUGCGAGCUCACCUGCAGACCCACGCCGAGGUCAAGAAGUACCAGUGCGGCGUCUGCUCUCGCACCUUCAGCCGCAUGUCGUUGCUGCAGAAACACAGCUCCUCGGGGUGCUGCUCUGCCUCGGCGUGAGACGCCCCCGGGGGCCGGAUGUGGUGGGACGGAAACCCCGAGCUCAGGAUGGUGGAGAACUGGUGGCCACGGAUUGGGAGACAUGAUCAUAGGAAGGAUCUCGUCUUCGCGUGGAUCUGAACUGUACGCGCCUCUUCGCUCUUUUGUGCGGUUUUGAAGCCGUCGGACCAAAUCUGAAGCGAAGUGACGCUGGACUCGAUAUCAGCCCCCUUUGUCGCCGUUGUGUGCAUUCCAAAGACCAAAUACGUGCUGAAGUCGUCGGGGUAAAAGGUGUUCUUUCCUGUUUCCGUCCUGGCGGCGGACAGCUCAGGAUCGCAGCCCAGAUACAGCUGCCGAGAGGUAGGGGUGCGUGGGUGGUGCGGACCCCUCGGCGGGCCCCCCCCGGACACGCACACACAAAAGCCAUGGCACACACAGCUGUCCCUGGUACGGCGGUGUCGACGGACGAGGUGCUAACAGGUGCUCCGGCAGUGACCUUCGCUGGCGGGCAGCAGGUGACGUCCAUCGGCCUCGCUUUGGAAUAUCGUCUUUGUCGUCUUAAGCCUCUAUUUUGACGACGCCCUUUAAUCCCACGAGUUAGGAAAUUGCGAUAAAAGUGCUGCACUCCAGGUUACCACAGUGUUAAUAAUAGCAGUCAAAGCCAUACGUGAAAUGAUUUGUUUUUAUCUUUUGUCUUUUUCUUUACCUCACUUCUAUUUGUGGCUUUCGUCAACGUUUGCAGUAUUCACACGGAUGAUGACAAAAAAAGGCUGGGACCAAAGAUUUGCAAAGUUUACACCGUGGAGACACGGUUGCCUAUUAAAGAUGAAUUUUUAAAAUGUCCUACACAUUUAUACGGCAGUGUUUUAUAGUGCAAUGUGUUCUUUCCAUUGUGUACCUGCUUGUGUGUUCACUACUUUGUGUAUGUCAAAUACCAUUCUGAUUUGCAUUCAAUAAAGUAAUUUAUGUUUAUUAAUACUGCUGUGGAUGGCGUACGCGGCCGCGGAGGAGGCGAGUCGUGCCGCACCUGCCGUGAUGUGGAAAUGAAAACAGUGCAUACGUUAUG